CUCCAGGCAGCCAUAGAUCAGCCCGCCUUCAAAGGUGGUCGCGCGGCUCGACUCUGUCAACCUGUCAACCCACACACUACACACUACACACCCAUUGAUCUGAACUAACCACACCAACAACAACAAUGGACGUCUUCUGGUCGUGGCCGCCCGUGACAAGAACUCUCGUCGCAGGCUCUCUCAUCACUUCGGUGCUUGCGUACAGCGGCCUCGUCCCCUACUAUCCUCUGCCCUUCAUCCCAUCCAAGGUGCUGGCCGUUCCGCCGCAGCUAUGGAGGCUGGUCACGAGCUUCCUGCUCACCGGCCAGGGGCUUGGUAUCAUAUUUGAUCCGUACUUCCUGUACAUGUAUGGCAGCCAGCUAGAGCUCGGCUCGCCCCGCUUCACAGGCCACGGUGACUUCUUCACCUACAUCAUCUUCAAUGGCCUCGUCAUCAUUCUGAAGCGGUUCCUGGAACCGGGGAAGAUCGCCCCUGCACUUCGCACGCACCAUCAUUCGCAUAAUUCAAAAGCUGGUUACAUACUCGGCGGAGCCCUGUUCCUGUCGCCCUUGAUCAUGGCAAUCAUGUACACGUUCGCGCAGGACAACCCCGAACGGUCCGUCACCUUCUUCGUCAUCAACGUCCCGGCAAAGUACCUCCCAUACCUCAUGCUGUUGGUCACGUUCGUCAUGGCCGGCCCGGCCCCCACCAUGCACCAGGGCGCCGGCAUCCUCUCCUCGCACCUGUACGACUUCCUCACGCGCAUCUGGCCCACGUUCGGCGGCGGCAGGAACGUCAUCUUCACACCCCGCUUUGUCAAGGAGUGGUUCGGAGGCGGCGGCGUGCGGCCCGAGGCUCAGAAGAGGGGAUACGGCAUGGCGCAAGCCCCGGCGGGAGAGGCUCGCUCUACGGGUACCAGCUGGUCGAACCAGCGUGGGCCUGGACGUCGGCUGGGAGGAGAGUAG